CACGCACACAUCCGCGUUCAGAAAAAAGUUUUAUCAAUGCCUGGCAUAUUUAUGUGACUCUACACAAAACAGGCUGUGUCAAUACUUAAAGCUCCUCUCUACCCUCUAGUCCCCAUGAUAUUCACCCUCUGAGUCCACCAAUUCGAGGUAACAAAAAUAAAUUAGUGCAUUUUUUUUUCACAGACACAUUGUACUUGUUUCUCUCGCGGUCCAUGUUACAAUUUCGUGUGGAUAUUCAAUGUGGCGCCUUGCUUUGCAAGGUUAUAGAUUAACGUUUUGGGGUGUGGCAUUGUAAUUCAAUCAAAAUAAAUUAUAUACCAAGUUUAUUCAUGUUUACAAUGCACCCGGGAUUGACAAUUGAACGCGUGAUUAUCAGUGAUUUUUAUUUACAAGUGAUUCCGUGUUCCCUGUUCCGUGAUUGUGUGAACCAUUCAUCCGUGGCCUCGAGCAUUAACAGCUGAGAAAAGUGGUUAUGAAGUGAAAUCAUCAUUCCUCUAAAUUGUAAAUCAGUUGUCAACAGUUUUAAGGAAUUUAUAGAUGAAUAAAUUCAGAGGAAAACAUGUAAUAUUGACAGUUAGGAAGUGUACAGCGUCGGUGGUCAUUCCAGUGACAUCUGAGUGAUUGCAGCAGCCAGUGGAUUUGUUGUUUUUUUCGCCAUUCGGGUCCCUCCGAGGACCAGCAACACGUAUUUGAGGUUUCAUGAUAACCAGAGCCUGUAGACCCCAGUGGGAUGUUGAACGCCAUCACUCCCACAUCCCAGCAAGACCCAACCGAGAUGUCUCGGUUGGCAGAUUACUUCGUGGUCGUUGGUUACGACCACGAUAAAGAGCGAGGUGGCAUAAGCAACGGAACCGUAGUCCAAAGGUUCCCCGAAAAAGAUUGGUCCGAUACACCGUUUAUCGAGGGCAUCGAGUGGUUCUGUCAACCGCAAGGAUGGGCCCUGUCCACAGAGCGGCAAGAGCCCAGAUUUUUCGUCUCCAUCCUAACCGACAUAGACGCCAAUCGUCACUACUGUGCGUGCAUGUGCUUCAACGAGACAGUCUCAAUUCUUCCAAGUAAGCCGGUCGACGAAGAGGAGGAACCGGUGGACGGUAACAGCCGAGCGCUAGUCCGAACGCUCCCCACAAUCGCUCACCACAGCAUCAUGUAUGCCCCCAAGUGUCUCGUCCUGGUUUCGAGAUUAGACUACAUCGAGACCUUCAGAAACUGUCUGGGAAUCAUCUACACCGUUUACGUGGAGAAUCUAGGGAUACCUCUGGAGACUCUCGUUGGGAAUAUCCUCGGAUGCAUUCAGGUGCCCCCAGCGGGUGGUCCACAAGUUCGCUUUAGCAUUGGUGCAGGUGACAGACAGGCCCUGCAGCCGCCAAUCAGCCCGUCCCUCCCGAUUACCCACACCACUGUCAAUUUACUCUUCCAGCAACUGGGAAUUCGCAACGUCCUGGUCCUCUUCUGCGCAGUAAUGACGGAACACAAAAUUCUCUUUCACUCAGCGAGCUACUCCCGCCUCACCGAAGGCUGCCGAGCACUCACCGCCCUAAUGUAUCCCUUUCGCUACACCCACGUCUACAUUCCACUCUUGCCAGCAGCCCUCGUUGAAAUCCUGAGCACCCCGACCCCUUUCAUAAUGGGUGUCCACAGCUCCCUGAAACAAGAGGUCUCAGAACUCAUGGACGUGAUCGUAGCCGAUCUCGAUGGUGGCUCAAUAACCGUUCCCGACGGAGUUUCCCUGGCUCUCCUUCCUGAACCCAUUCUCUCACAAACCCAGGAUCACCUCUCCCUAGUCCUCCAACCGGAGCUCUCCUGCGCUGAUUACGCCUUCCCUCCUUUAGCCACCCGAGCCCCUCAUCCCCCAAUGCUCGAUAAAGAACUACGCGCGGUCUUCAUGCGGACAUUCGCCCAGUUAUUGCAAGGCUAUCGAAGCUGUCUGACACUGAUUCGGAUUCACCCUAGACCAGUCAUAACCUUCCACAAAGCAGCCUUCCUGGGGGAACGUGGAUUAACCGAUUGUGAUUUCACAAUUCGCGUCCUCGACUGCAUGUUCUUCACGUCUUUCGUCGCUGAGAGAGGCCCACCCUGGCGGCCCUGCGACGUCUGGGAUGAAUUGUACUCUAAUAUAAGCGAUCAGCUCAAGCAAGAAACUCAAGAUCACCGACUGAUUCUGUCUCACAUUCAAGAGCUAGCUCAACAAUUAUACACUAAUGAGAAUCCUAAUCCCCAGCCAUACGUUCAGAAGAUACUGAAACCGCCGGACGGUGCGUUUGCAAGAAUACAUCAGCCUCAAUUACCAAUUAUCAAUCCUGAACAGGUUCAGGCGAUCAUUGACGAAGGUUUGGCUAAGAAUAAUCUUAAAGUUCGGUUGACUGGGCUCCGGCAAAUUCAACCAAGAAUAGUGCCAUCUGGUCCCCACAUAUCCAUUGUACAUGACACUCGAAAUUUAGUCAGUAAUUCAGCGCGUAGGUUAGAGGUCCUCAGGAGUUGUGUUAAUUGUAUAUUUGAGAAUAAGAUAUCGGAUGCGAGAAAAACAUUUCCAGCUGUCCUGAGGGCACUUAAGAGUAAAGCUGCGAGAUUAGCCUUGUGUAUGGAGUUCUCACAGCAUGUUGUGGGUAACAAAGCUAUGCUUGAGCAUCAACAGUUUGACCUUGUGGUUAGAUUGAUGAAUUGUGCACUCCAGGAUGACUCUUCCAUGGAUGAGCAUGGAGUUGCUGCAGCACUUCUGCCACUGGCGACAGCUUUUUGCAGGAAAUUAUGCACCGGAGUGAUUCAGUUCGCUUACACUUGUAUACAGGAACACGCUGUCUGGCAGAAUCAGCAGUUUUGGGAAGAUGCUUUCUAUCAGGAUGUACAGAAAGACAUCAAGAGGCUUUAUCUGCCUGGUGAUAAUCUCAAGUUCAUAAAUGAUGGGAUUGUCAGUCCCAUCAGUCCUCGGGAUGGCAAGGAAAAAGAGUUUCCGUUUAAUGACAGGAGAUCCAUUUAUAGGAGUCAGGAACCAUCGGCGCUAGAAAUCGCUGCGGAACAGAUGAGGGUGUGGAUGGGAAUCGAUACUGACAAACAGCAGGAACUUAUCACUAGCGAGGAGAGCACUUUGUACAGUCAAGCUAUUCAUUAUGCUAAUAGGAUGGUCUAUCUACUCGUGCCACUGGAUAUUGGAGCCAAGGCCCACAGACAAGAUCAUGUCUAUGAUGAUGAGAGGGCGAGUAACAGUAUCACUAAUAGCGAUGUUUUUGUUCCGCGGAACAGCGUGGCGAGCGACAGUGGUGAUGCUGAAUCAGGUUUCGAAGAGAUAGAUCCUGGAGAGACUGGUAGUGCAGUUAUCAGGAUGGUUUCGCGAUUUGUGGAUAGGGUAUGUACUGAGGGUGGAGUGAGUACGGAACAUGUCAGGUGUCUUCAUCAGAUGGUACCCGGGGUUGUGCAUAUGCAUAUUGAGACACUCGAGGCGGUGCACAGGGAGAGCAAAACACUGCCGCCGAUACAAAAGCCCAAGAUUCUCACACCGAACAUGCUCCCCGGCGAGGAAGUGAUAAUGGAUGGCCUGCGUGUGUACCUCCUCCCAGACGGUCGAGAGGAAACCAUCGGAGGUCUUGCCAGAACUCCCCCGUUGCUCCCAGCCGAGGGUGCUAUUUUCCUGACAAACUACCGCAUAGUCUUCAAAGGCAUUCCCUGCGAUCCCUUGGCGUGCGAACAAAUGGUCGUCCGAGCAUUCCCCGUCACCUCUCUAACUAAGGAGAAACGGGUCUCGGUUCAGAAUCUGGCGCAUCUGGACCAGUGCAUGCAGGAGGGUCUUCAGCUACGCUCCUGCACCUUCCAGCUGAUAAAACUUGCAUUCGACGAGGAAGUCACCCCUGAGAACAUCGACACCCUUCGAAAGUUGAUUCACAAGGCUCGCUAUCCUCCACACAUCUUCCACCACUUUGCGUUCAACGGUCAGAUGUUCGUUACGCCAACCGCCCACAACAAAGGAAAAGAGAAGAACGCGACUCUAAAGGGCUUCGCCAAGAAGACCCUCCUAAAAACAGCGAGAAAAGCUGGAUUCAAACCGAAGCAAUCGUCAAAACGCCAGAAAUACGUUCUUCCGAACAUGAAUAUGAACUUGAAGAUCAAUGUGACGAACCCCAAUAACAAGUACCUGACGUCACCAGGCAGAAUGAGUCUUCCAGUAACUAACGAUAACAAUGAUCUGAGUCAUGAUGACGAUUUGAGUAUAGAUGAAUUCGAGAUAUCUAACAUUGCCUGUCAACCACCGACUGAUGCUAAGACAUUGGAACGUUUGUCAGAACGGAGUUACGUCAGAGACUGGUACAGAUUGGGAUUGUGUCCCAACGGUAUUGAGUACGAUAAACGAAGGAAUGAGCCUUUCAGACUAACCUCGGUCAACUGUGCAUACAUGAUCUGCAGAAGCUAUCCAGCUUUGUUAGUGGUUCCAACGGCUGUCAGUGACGAGAGCAUCAGGAGGUUCUGCAGACUGUACAGACAUAGCAGACUACCUGUGAUCACGUGGAAGCACCCGAGGACAAAGGCUCUGCUGAUCAGGGGCGCUGGUUGUCACGGGAAGGGAGUUAUGGGAAUGCUGAAGGCACAUCCGUCCUCAGGAAGUAAUCUCAAAACAACUUCUUCUGAGUCCACUUCCACUUUGGAACAAGAGAAGUAUCUGAUGUCUCUGGUAUCCUCUACUCCCCUGUCGGUCUUGAGACAGGGCUCAACCGCCUGGGGGAUGUCGGACAGUUCCUUGAGCAUUGACUCGUUACUGUUGACUGCUGACGAACGAAAUUGCAGUGGUACUCCGGAACAAUCUAGGAGAAGUAUGUUCAAUAAGAAUACUGUAGCUGGAACUUUGGGGUCGUCUGCUGGAAAGGGCGGGAAAAAUUUUGGUAGGUGGGGAUCACUGAAGGAUAAACGCCAUAAUGCCUCCCAGGCAUCUUUAACGUCGGUGAAUCAACGGGGAACUGUGAGGCAUUCGGCGGAUUCGGACAGUGGGACUGAGUGUGUUCAUACAUUUCAAAGAGCUGCGCUUUACAUUCUGGGGGAGAAAGCGAACAUGAGGGGCGUUAUGAAAGCCGAAUCAUCAGCUCCAAAAACGGACUUCAUCCCAGUUGACUACUUCGAUAUAAGGCACACAAAAGCUUCAUUCAAGAAGCUAAUGCGCGCUUGUAUGCCAAGUUCGCAAAGUAUUGAGCCAGACCAAAGUUUUUACAAACUCAUCGAGAGCUCCGAAUGGUUGCAACAGCUGCAAAAUUUAAUGCAACUCUCGGGUGCUGUAAUUGAUCUGAUGGACGUGCAAGGCUCAUCAGUAGCUGUAUGCCUUGAAGACGGUUGGGACGCAACGACCACCGUUUGCUCCGUGGCUCAAGUAUGCUUAGACCCCCAUUACCGAACUAUCGAUGGAUUUCGAACACUAAUCGAGAAAGAGUGGCUGGGCUUUGGCUAUCGUUUUGGCCACAGAAGCAAUCUAUCCUCAAACUCUCAAGUCACCAAUUUCACUCCAACGUUCCUCCAAUUUCUGGACAUAAUUCACCAAAUUCAGAAGCAAUUUCCAAUGGCCUUUGAGUUCAACGAUUACUACCUCCGCUUUCUGGCGUAUCACUCCGUCUCUUGUAGAUUCCGAACGUUCCUUUUGGACUGUGAAUUCGACAGAGCUGAAUGUGGUAUAACAGCUAUCGAGGAUAAGCGGGGAUCCUUGACGAGCUAUCACAAGGGCGUUGACACGGGCAGUGACGAUGAGAUCGUCUACCCCGGGGGUCGUCUAGCUACAAGCACCAAUAACGGCUCUAAUCUAGGCCAGAGUAUAUUCGAUUACAUCGAAAAACAACACACCAGAUCAGCCCUAUUCUAUAAUUUCCUAUACACUCCGAAUUCGGAGCAUCCGGUGCUCAGGCCGGUAUCGCACCUUCCUAGUCUCGAUAUUUGGCAGUAUUACCUCGAGGAGGAGCUUGCUCAUGGCCCUCCUUAUGAUCUCGAAGUCCUGCAGCAGGAUUCACAACAGGAGGAGGAGGCCGAGGCUGCCGAUGGCAUUAUCGAGAAGAGCAACAGGAAAAUCGUCACUCAGGGCCAUGACUCUGUGCAGGGACUGGUACCGGAUCAAUUCUCUCAUCUACUCGAGGAGAUUCACAAGUUGGAGACUGAAUUAGGGCAUUUGCCACAGAAAUGGAGAGUCUUGUGGGACAAAUUGGAGCUGCCUAAUACCGAUUCAUUGGCGAGAAAUGGAAGCUUCAGCACUGCACUCGUUAGGUAUCAUGGACGAUUGAUCCACAAGAGGUCGACCCUGGAGUUGAUACUCAGGGGCAAAAUGGCCGGUGGUGGUGGCAGUGGGAAUAAUAAUAAUGAAGCUAGUGUAUACGCCCAUCCUCACAGGUUUGAGAGACUUGAUACAGCGACACCGACUCAUUGCGAUGCCUGCUCUGGUGUCCUCUGGGGACCGGUCAAAGCUGGCCUGAGGUGUGUCGAUUGUGGGCAUGUUUGUCAUGACAAGUGUGCAGAUGCUGUACCCAAGAACUGUACCAAGUACAAGGCGGUUACCAAUAAUGUACAGUCGCACACCCUCACUAGGUCUGGUGGAGAUAAUGGGAGUGUCAAUUCUGGAAGCACUAUGCAGACUUCGUCGCAGCAGUAUUAUGAACAAUUCUCCAGCAAUGUUGCUGAGAACAGGACACACGAGGGUUAUCUUUAUAAGAGAGGGGCAUUGCUGAAGGGCUGGAAGCAGAGGUGGUUUGUGCUGGAUUCGAUUAAGCAUGAGCUCAGGUAUUACGAUGCCAUGGAGGACUCACAUUGCAAGGGGUAUAUAGAUUUGGCUGAAGUCAUGUCAGUGACACCAGCAUCUCCUACACCGGGACCACCAAAGAAAACUGACGAUAAAUCAUUUUUUGAUCUCCGCACAAAUAGACGAACAUACAAUUUCUGUGCAAGUGAUGCAGCCAUAGCUCAGGAGUGGAUUGAAAAGGUACAAGCGUGUCUGCAGUAGUCUGAUAACAAUAAAUCUGAUCUGUAUCGAGUGAAAUACUCACUUAAGAUUAUAAAAGCUAUGGAUUAUGUAUUGAGCGUCACCAAAGCUCGUUAAGCUCGCGCAAGUGACUGAUAGGAUAAUUAAAAUGAUUACUAGGAAAUGAGAAACUAAAAAUAAACUGAUGAUCUAGAGAAAGCGAGACAAUGCAUUAAUUUUGUUACAUAAUUUUUGUAUAGCUUCGUUAAUUUCCGACUAUAUGAUAAAUUCAUACAUAAAACGAAAUCGUACAUGAACGUUAAUGCUAUAAGAACUAUUGUUUGUAUAUCUUAUCACCACUGAAAAUGUGUUUAAUACAGUUAUUUAUUUAAUUCAUUGAAUUUAUUAUAAAGUAGGGAGAUGAAUGUCAACGCUUAGUGUUUUUACGAGAGCCAGGCUUAUAUUAUUAUUCCACUAUUUGUGUUAUAGCAAUGUUAACGUCUGUCAGAUAAUUAUGAACAUUAAAUUUAAAUAACAUAAGGGGAUUAUCGACCGUAAGACGGAAGUCGUUAAUUUUUUUAAAGAUUAAUAAACUCCUGUAUUUUUUUUAUUAUUAUUUUUAUGUUCAAAUCAUGCAUUUCGAUAUUUUUCGUUUUUAUAUUCUCGAUUUUUUCAAUAGGUUCAUUUCACUUUUCUGGGAUUCAGGUGAGUGGAGGGGUGAAACAUUGUGUUCUAUUCGAUACUGAAUUUUGAUUGCUAAUUCAAUUCUGUGGGGGAAUUUUUAGCAUUGAAUGAUGGGAGUGAAUUUUUGACCCUUCGCCUCGAGACUCGUUCAUCUUUCAAAGACACUUCCUAAAUUAUUCUAAACCAUCUAAGAACAUUGCUUAAAAACAUGAAAUAUCUUUAAACUUUCUCUAUAGACCAUUCGUUUCCCAGAUAAAUUCAGAAUUGAUGCCAAUUUCCAAUUUAUCUCAUCACAUUCUACCGUUCCACCACUGAAUCAUCUUCCCUUGCGAUCCAAAAAUUAAGAAAAAAAAGAGCGAAGGAGAGCAAAACAACUAUUGAGUGUGCAUUGCCAAUGUAAUGUGACGUAUCGAAAGUGUGAAAGACUGUGGUAUAUAAUUGUCAGUAUGUUAAAUUAAUUAUUGAUUGUUAAUACUCAUUGGAAGGCUAAAUGGAGACCAAUAUCGCCAAUGUUGCUUUCUGAUUGUUGGCCAUAUUCUAAUCAUAAUAGACAAAAUGAAUAAAUGAUUCUGUAACGAAACUGAAUAAAUCGAUAUUAAUUAAU